CUCAGAGCAGCUCGGACCGCGAGAUGAAGACGACGCACGUCACUCUACUGGCGCUGGCCGUGGUCGGCGUCGCCACAGCCGGCCCCGUCCAGGUCCGCCGCCGACUGCGCCUGUCGCCCGUCAAGCUGCCGCUGGCCGAGCACGGCCAUCCGCGCCAGUUGGACGCGCUCGUGCCUGUGGAGCCGGAGGAGCUGAUCCCAGUGAGCAGCGUCGAGAGCCGGCCGGUGCGCCAGUCCAGCCUGCCCAACUUCCCCGGCGGUUCGCCCCUGCCAGGUUUGCCGCACCUGCGCCGCAAGCGUCAGAUCACCGAGAAGCUGCGUCAGAUGCUGAGCGCACCGUACCGGGGCGGCGUGCCGAUCAGCCUAGACCCGUUGAUGAGGGGCAACCAGCGCCUGCAGCGCAACCCUGGCCAGUUCCUCGGCGUCAACCCACCCGCCAGCGAUGUGCUGCGAGGUCCCCGCCCCCAGCAGCAGGACUUCAGACGAGAAGGACAGGCAUUCCAGCAGCCACCACAGCAGCACCAGCAGCAGGAGCGAGACUUUAGAAGAGACGGACAGUCGCUCCAGCAGCCGCCACAGCAGCAGCAGCAGCAGCAGCAGCAGCGAGACUUCAGAAGAGACGGACAGUCGUUCCAGAAGCCACAGGAGCAGGAGCAGCAGGACUUUAGACGGAAUGAGCAGUCCUUCCAGCAGCCACAGCGUCAGCAAGAAUCCCUCCGACGAAAAGAGCAAUCGUUCCAGCAGCCUAAAGACGCACAGCAAACGUUUCAGCCACCCCAGACCUCCGAGCGUUUCGCACAGCCACCGCACAAGAUCCCUGAGCGCCAGGACUUUCAUCAGGAACAAAAUUUCCGUCAGGAGCAAGAAUUCCACCGGGAGCAGGACUUUCGACAGGGCCAGGGCUUCCAGCCGCCGCCGGCGCCGCGUCAGCCGGCGCGCCAGCCCGCCAGACCGCACAAUGGCUUCGUGCCCGCCAACGGCGGCUUUCCUUCCAACUUCUUCAGCCAGAUCCGGCGCAACUUCUUCGGUGUCGGCGCGCAGAACCACCGCCAAAAGAGAGACGCCGACGCGCCUAAUAACGGCGAGGUCGGUUUCUUCGAGAUGCCACCCGGCUUCCCGAACAUUAACAGCCUGGGCGGCUUCAGCGACAACUUCGAACGCUCCCAGUCAGACGUGAACAACAUCGAGGUGAUCCCGAUCCAGUUCCCGGAGUCGCAGUUCCAGUCGCGUCAGGACGCGCCGGCGUCGGAUUUCCACGCCGUUCCAUCGCGUCAUCGCCGUGACCUACGCACGGCGCCGUUCACGCCGCCGGGCUGGGGGCAGCGGACGGCACGCAACCACCGCGGUCCGCCGCCGCCGGCGUACCCGGGGCACAACAGCGGCCGCUCGGGGAGCGGCCGGUACCAGCUGCCGCUCAGCCCAGUACCGUACCGGGCGCCGUUUGACGAGCAGGUGCGGCCCGCGCCGCCACCGCCGCCGCCCAGCGCGCCGCAGCGCGACUUCUUCUCGCACUUCUCGGAAGCGUUCCCGGCGCAGACGGCGCGCGCCAGCCACCUCGGCUCGGGCAACUACGUCAUCCUGCGCGGCGGAACCUUCGUGGACGGCUAUGGGUACCCGGAGAACCAGCCGGCGCCGCGGCCGCCGCCUUACUCUGACUACCGGCGGCCUAACAUCUUCGAAAACUUCCGUGACUUCGCCGAGUUCGCGCAUGGCUCGGAGCACUCGUACCGGCUGGCGUUCCCCGAGCACGUCCGCAUGAACACGGCCGAGACGAGCACAGCCGAGACGACCGCGUCGAGCGGCGUUCCGGGCGGCGCGCCCGGACAAGACACGGCUGCCAACAUCCAGGACAUCCUCUCCAGCGGCGCGUCCGGACACGGCAUGGCUGCCAACAUCCAGGACAUCCUCUCCGAGAUCAGCAACGACGUACAGACGGACAGCAGCGUCGACAGCAAAACCAGCCACGUCAAGAAGCGUGUGCUGCAAGACAAGCGGCUGGCGCUGAGGCGGCGUCAGGAGAAGGAGGCGCGCCUCAUCACCAAGAGCGAGCUGCCGCCGCCGGAGGACCCCAUGGUUGCCACGUACUGACGGAGUGGAGGCUGAUCGGUUCCCCGCACCGCUACCUGCUCCAGCGUGGACCGCCGUUCUCGUCCGGCGAGCCGCCGUUCCCGCGCCGCUCAGCUCAUCCAUCACGAGUUUCUCCCGCAGCCCUUUGCUUUCGUUGCGUCCACAGCUGCCUCGUCAGUGAAGCAUGGCGCGACUGGUGUCCGGGCAUCGCCGCCAGAGAAAGUCCCGCGGCCAACCACCAGCCUGCUGCUGACUGACUUUCACUCUCCACCGGCCGGCGGAGCGGCGCGCGCGCGCGCACCGCGUCGUCAC